UCCCCUUCAGCCUCUCACACGCACGCCGGAUCUCGUCGUCUUCGUUCCUCCGCCGACCUCGCUAACCCGAACCGCAGCCAUGCCCAACAUCGCCGGAAAAUAUACUCUGGAGUCCUCCGAGAAUUUUGAGGAGUUCAUGAAGGCACUUGGCGUGGGCAUGAUGCUCCGUAAGCUGGGCUCCACCUCCAAGCCCACGGUCGAACUCAGCGAAGAGAACGGGGUGUGGACCAUGAAGACGAGCACCACCAUGAAGACGACCGAGAUCAAGUUCAAGCUCGGUGAGGAGGUUUCGGAGACCACCUUCGACGGGAGGGAGUGCAAGACAACAUUCACAAUGGAAGGUGAAAAGUUAAUCCAGGUUCAGAAGGCGACGAAGGGGAAGGACUGUAAAUUCACACGAGAAUUCACAGACACACAGAUGAUCAUGCUCUCCGAAUGCGACGGCGUUGUGUCCAAGAGGAUCUACAAGCGCCAGUGAGUCUGCGGGCGGAGGAGGCCUUCCAGCCGAGCCCAUGACGUCAGCGGCUUCCUUUGUCUGCACUCUUUGCUGUUCCGCUUUUCUCUGUUUCUUGCUCCUUUUCCUUUGCUCUUUGAGUUUCAUGCUAUUACUUUUAUAUUGCCCUUUGCUCUUAUUUUCUUUCACUCUAUUUCCCUCUUUUUCUUUCUCUUUAUCAUUCCCUCCCUAUUCGAAAUCUUCCAUUUCUGCUUCUUUUUGCAUCUGCUUCUUGUUCUUCCACAUCUGUUUCUUCACUGCUCUUAUGUGCAUCAUCAGUUAGUGCACACAGACACACAUCACAAUGGAUUGUGUAAACGGAAUAAGCUCCUGAAUUAUCGACAUUUUGUGUAAAAUAUUUGCUUUAUUAAAAAAAGAAAGUCAAGUUUAUCAUUUUCGGCUUCUCAUCAACAUAUGCUGUCCACUUGCCUGAAAACUUUUCUUUUUUAUUUAAGAUUAAAAUGUAUGUAAUA